GGACGGCAAGAUUUCUUUCUACAGCGUGGCAAAGAAAAGCGAAGUCAUGAAGGUGGAGGAAAGUUCAGAGCAUACGGUCUCCAAAUCCUCUGAUGAAGAGGAGUCCGACCUCAGUGACUUCGAUGUUGACAUCAAACGGGAACCAGCCAAGGAGAAGGAUGACCUGGCUGAGUCUCCCAAGGUCGACCAGGAAGCUGACCAGGAAAUGGCCGAGGAAGAAGAAGCUUCGGAACCCCGCGACCAAGGCAAAUCCGACUCAGAAAGGGAGGAGCCUGAAGCUGAAGCGUUCAGCUGCGUCUACUUCCACAACGUGCCCUUCGAGGUCUAUGAAGAGGACUUGCUGCCGCUUUUCGAGCGUGCUGGACCAGUGCGUGCCAUGCGCUUAUUCCGCUUGCUCGAUGGGCGCUCACGAGGUCAAGGUCUCUGUCAAUUUACCACCUCUGGCGCUGCCAGCAAGGCGGUUCAGAUCUUGGCGGGCUGCUUCUUGGCCAACCCGCUGAACGAAAGUUCCAAGGCUUUCGGGCCUGAGCGAAGGGGCUGUGAACGGAAAGGACUCACGCGAGCUCUUUGUGAAGAUCCAUCAAGGAAGUACAGAUAUUUUGUCAAGCUCCAAGGUCGUGUCUUCAAAUGA